GGAGGGGGAGGAGGAGGAGCUGAAGCGCAGAGAGCGGCAGGCAGCGGCUCGGCCCGACUUGCAGCAGCGGCGGCGGCGGCGGCGGCGGCGGUGCGGACACUCCGCAGCCUCCCGAGCCCCGAGUCCCGGCGGGGACAGCAGCAGGGAGCGCACGACCGGCCACCGCAAGUCGGCCCCACCGAGCAGCCGUCCCCGCGCGGGGAGACCGCCAGCUAUGGCCACGCCGCGGGAUCCGCAAGAAGAGCUGCUGUCCCUGGCCAGCCCCGGGUCCCAAUGGUUCGGGGACCGGGGGGAGGGGGAGGAUGGAGCGGUGACGCCGAAAGGGGCCAGGCCCGCGCCGCAGGCUGGGGAGCCCGGCCGGGGGUUGGGCCCCGGGGCUGGAGAAGCUGCGCCUCGGGAACCCGGCUCCGGCUCCGGCUCCGGCCCCGCCCGGCCGCCGCCCGUUGCCACGGAAACUGCAUCCACAGGUGUGGCGGCUGUCUCCAGUGCCCUAGAUCACUCCUUUUCAACAACCCUGGAAGACGGGAAAGGAGCGUGUUAUACAUCUCUGAUUUCCGACAACUGCUACCCGCCUAAGGAGGAUUCUACAUAUUUCACUGGAAUUUUUCAGAAGGAAAAUGGCCACAUCACCACUUCAGAGACCCCUGAGGAGCUGGGAACCCUUGGGGCCACCUUGCCUGAUGUGCCUGGGAUGGAGCCUCAUGGCUUAUUGAGUUCUGAUUCUGGAAUAGAGAUGACUCCAGCAGAAUCCAGCGACAUGAACAAGAUCCUAGCAGACCCCCUGGACCAGAUGAAAGCAGAAGCCUAUAAAUACAUUGACAUCACCAGGCCAGAGGAGGUGAAAGUUCAGGAACCACAUCACCCUGGGCCAAAAGAUAAAGACUUGGAUUUUCAAAACAAAGACACUGCAGUCUCUACAAAACCAGAAGAAGUCUGUGAACCUGACAAACCAGCUCCAGUGGAGGGAAAAAUCAUCAAGGACCACUUGUUCGAAGAAUCCACCUUUGCUCCUUACAUAGAUAAUCUCUCCCAGGAGCAGCAUAGCGCUCCUCUGGUCACUGCCCCCGUCAAGAUCACACUGACAGAGAUCAAACCUUCUGUCACAUUUGCUACCCAAGAGAAGUCCCCCGAGAAGCAAGAUCUUCGCCUGAAGCCGAGUCCUGACACAGUCCCUACAGUCACUGUCUCAGAGCCUGAAGAUGACAGCCCAGGAUCUGUCACUCCUCCGUCCUCUGGAACAGAACCAUCUGCUGCAGAGUCCCAGGGGAAGUGCAGCAUCUCCGAGGAUGAGCUCAUCACUGCCAUUAAAGAAGCAAAAGGGUUAUCCUAUGAAACCACUGAGAGCCCAAGGCCGGUGGGCCAGGUGACCGACAGGCCCGAGGCCAAGGCCAGGUCUGGGCUACCGACCAUCCCCAGCCCUCUGGACCCCGAGGCCAGCAGCGCGGAGUCAGGAGACUCGGAAAUCGAGUUGGUGUCGGAGGACCCCAUGGCCUCGGAAGACGCGCUGCCCUCCAGCUAUGUAACCUUCGGCCAUGUGGCGGGCCCGCCACCUUCUCCCGCCUCGCCGUCCAUCCAGUACAGCAUCCUGAGGGAGGAGCGCGAGGCCGAGCUGGACAGCGAGCUCAUCAUUGAGUCGUGCGACGCGUCCUCGGCGUCCGAGGAGAGCCCCAAGCGGGAGCAGGACUCGCCCCCGAUCAAGCCGUGCGUCCUGGACGCCAUUCGGGAGGAGAGCGCGCGGGCGGAGGAGCGCACGCCGGGCCCGCGGGGCCCCGGCGAGCCGGUGCCCUGUCCGCCUUGUCCUUCCGCUGUCCCCCAAACUCGCCCCGAGCCGCCCAGGGGAGACGGAGCCUCCGCGCCCCAGGAGCCCACGUCGCAGAGGAAACCUGCUGAGACAGCAAGCUCCAAGCAAAGUCCCGCGGCCACAGAGGUCCCUGGGCCGCGAGAGCCUGGCAUCGCGCCCUCUCUGCUGUUUCUCAAUAAGCAGAAAGCUAUCGACCUGCUGUACUGGCGGGACAUCAAGCAGACAGGGAUUGUGUUCGGGAGCUUCCUGCUGCUGCUCUUCUCCCUGACCCAGUUCAGCGUGGUGAGCGUCGUCGCCUACCUGGCCCUGGCUGCACUCUCGGCCACCAUCAGCUUCCGCAUCUACAAGUCCGUUUUACAAGCUGUGCAGAAAACCGACGAGGGCCACCCUUUCAAGGCCUACCUGGAGCUUGAGAUCACCCUGUCCCAGGAGCAGGUUCAGAAGUACACGGACUGCCUGCAGCUCUACGUGAACAGCACCCUGAAAGAACUCCGGAGGCUCUUCCUUGUCCAGGACCUGGUGGAUUCCUUAAAAUUUGCAGUCCUGAUGUGGCUCCUGACUUAUGUUGGCGCUCUCUUCAAUGGCCUGACCCUGCUGCUCGUGGCUGUGGUUUCAAUGUUUACUCUACCUGUAGUGUAUAUUAAGCACCAGGCACAGAUUGACCAAUAUCUGGGACUUGUGAGGACUCACAUAAAUGCUGUGGUGGCAAAAAUUCAGGCUAAGAUCCCAGGUGCCAAAAGGCACACGGAGUAGAUGACAUCCCAGCGGGGACUGGACACGAACAGGGAUGUCUGGAGUGGUAACAGCUUUCUUACUCGAUUCUGCAAAUCAAUUGUUUUUCCCUCCAUUACCAUUAUCUUAGAGGCAAACUUUAAAGCAGCUGUUUUUAGGCUGUUCCUGUACUCUUAGGAUAUUUGAGUCACUUGUGUCAAGCACUAAAGUAUAGAGAAAAGUGUAUUAGAUGUGGUUUUUAAUUUUGUGUUGCUUUUUUUUAAAAAAAAGUGCAUGAUGGUGAGAGCCCAUGUUAUUUUCCCUUCUUUGGUGUUCUUCUCCUCCUCUCUGCAAUGCUUCUGUAGCUUCUACAUCCCCAUUGCUAGGCCUUCCCUGCUGAGUGCGCUGACGCAAUAGUGGAAAUUGCUUAUAUGUCCUUGGGUUGUUGGUUGGAUUAAUCUUUAAUAACGCUAUAUAGAAUUGUAGACUGAUGUUUUAGCAUUUUUCCAACACACACAACGUAAAAAUUUAAAAAAAGUCAACCGUCCUAUGGUAAUCAGUUUUGUAUAUCUUAAAAUAAUUAAAUGAACAACCCAAAAUGAAUACACAGUACUUUUGUUGUAUCGGAUCGAUGGGCUGAUUUACAUGUAUGGUAACUAAAAAGUACCAGCAUGUUAACUUUAUUACAAUUUGUAUUACUCUCUCUGUAGUUCCUAAUGGACUUAAUUAUGGAAUCUGGAUAUUUGCACUUAUGUACUUGAUACUGAAUGCAUAAAUAAAUGUUACUAAACGCAAAAA